AUGGUCUUUAACUGCAACUGUCAGGAUAUCUUCGUCAUCGACGAGACCACGCCCAGCGGCGUGUACACGGUGGAUCCAUAGGACAACCUGGGCAGCUUCUCGGUCUUCUGCGAUAUGGACACGGACGGCGGCGGCUGGACGUUGUUCCAGAGACGCCAAGAUGGAACAGUGGACUUCUACCGAAACUGGAGGGACUACAAGAACGGCUUUCCUUCCAACCUGACCGGCGAGUUCUGGCUGGGGAAUGACAAAUUGUACCGCCUGGCCGUGCAGAAAGACUACCAGCUCAGGGUGGAUAUGGAGGAUGUGGAGGGGAACACGGCGUACACGGCUUACAGCAUGUUUUCCAUCUCGCCUGAAUCGCAGAACUACAUACUCCACAUCGGGUCCUACAGUGGUACUGCAGGGGAUAGCCUGUCGUACCAUGACGGGAAAUCAUUCAGUACCAAGGACAGAGACAACGACCACAGCUCUGACAACUGUGCUCAGAGGUUAAAAGGUGCGUGGUGGUACCUUGCUUGUCACUUCUCCAGCCUAAACGGACUGUACCGCCUGGGGUUUCACGCGAACAACAUGGACGAGGUCAACUGGUACGGUUACAACUACUCCUUGAAGCGCACGGAGAUGAAAAUCCGGCCAACUCCAUAA